UCCCUCACUCUGCUCUUGCUCUCUCUCAGACUUAAAUUAAUUUUCUCUCUCUUUUUCUGCCUGAGAUGUCAUCUCUGCUGAGGGAGGAGAUGGACAGAGUCUUGUUCAGACCUGAGGGACAGAAGCUGAAGGAGUUUAUAGAAAUAGAGGAGAAACAACAGGGACGACAUUUUCUCUGCGUUUCUAUAUCUAAGGAUAAAGAAGCUCAAAUCUCAGUGGUCAUGUGUCGGAGAGUUAAACCUUCACGCACCAAUAAACUGCAGAAAUCUGGGCUGGAGGACAGUUAUGAAAAAACAGAGAUCUGGGCCCUGGAAGAUCUGCUGAUUCUGGAUGGUAGAGAUCCAGAUACUGAUGAUCCCUGUUUCUUGAUGCACUUCGACACGGUGCGGUCGGUCAGAGCAGUGAGCUGUGCUGCAAAAUACACGCUGGCCCGCUGUCUGCUGUCCCUGAGCAGGAAGUAUCACCACACGACAUUAAAAUUAAAGAACUUUGACUUGAUGUACAUUCAGCCCACUGCAAUGUAUUCAGAUCGUGGUGACUGUGUUGUCCUUGCACAGAUCUGUUUCUAUGCCUUUAAUCUGGUGUGUCUUUCCUUGUGUCCUGUGCCUCUGGCAUAGAGACAUUUUGAUUAAUCUUCUUAUUUAAUUAGAUUUCUUUUAAACUGACCCUAAAAACCUAAACCCCUGAUGCUGACAAUAAAAAGUUAAUUUCAGUGUUAUCUGUACUGCCCUUGGGGAGUGUAAAAAGACCAUGCUUUGUGUUUUGAGCACUUAAGCAAUGCUUUGAGCACUCAGAUCUACAGUAACUGUAACAUAACGCCACAUUGUGAGGGAAAUCUAAUUUGUGCAUGUGCAAAUGCAACACAAAAAAGUGUUUCUGAUGAGUAAUGCUGUGACUUCAUAAGUGUAAUAAAUCCUAUGUGACAGGUUUGCAUGUUUUAGAUGAUUCAUUAAGCAAGCUAUGUAUUCAAUCAUUUCAAAAACUGAACCGCGAGACAAACUUGUGUUUAUUACAGUAUUCACCGUUUUAAUAAUCUUGCCAUCUGGUGAAACAUCUAUUGCUUUCUCAUUUCUGCAGUGUGCUUUACAUGUUACUUAAUAAAAAACUGUGCCACUGCAAAACAUCAAUCAAUGAUUCCAGGCAAAUUAAAUAUUUGGAUUUUUUUCUGUAUGCACUGUAUGCAAGACGGCUUUAAUAAUUUGCAUGCAUAAUAUUCUUGGUACCAAAGGAUUUGCCUCUUGUGGCAUAUUAAAUUUAGGCAUCUGUAAAUGUACAGCUACUUGCCAAAUAAAUAUAUAAAUGAUAAUAAAAAACUUGCAUUGGGAUUAAAUAUGUUUAUUUUCUGAAAAGACACAGAGCUCGUGAUUACAGAACUAGUUUAACUAUAUAUCAAAUACAGUUUAAUGGUCGUUACACAAAAAUAGAACGCUGCGACUGUCCCACAUAUACUACUACUAGUGCACUUAAGCCAAUGCCCCCUGCUGACGUCACACACGCUUUAAUGUUUUGGGGGUGGCUAAAAAUAGCCUGAAUCAAUAGAAUACUUUUUUUUCACUUCUAAUAACAGUGCUUAGUUUUGUAA